CUCGUAGGAGAAAACGUUGGUCAUCCCUCUCCUUCCCCAGCCGUCCUUCUCUUAUCUCCCCCUUUCCGCGGCCGCCCGACGCCACCGCCGCCGCCGCCGCGGCCGGAACCCUAAUUCCAUGGCUCCCCCCUAGAUCCCCAACAUGCUAAGAUCUUCGGCGAUCAUCAAGGCACGCCGCCCCGCCGUCGCCGCCCUCGUCGCCUCCCGCCCCUCCUCCUCCUCUGCCAUCGCCGCCGCCCCCACUCCCAGCGAAACCCUAACUCUAGAAUUCUCUGACCCCUCCUCCCAGCUCUUCUCGAUCCUCUCCCACCCCGGCUGGCUUAGCGAUCCUGAUCUCCGGCGUCUCGCCCCAUCCCUCACCUCCGGCCACGUCGCGAACCUCCUCCGGACCCGCCCCCUCGACCCCCGUACCUCCCUCUCCUUCUUCGACUGGAUCGGCCACCAGCCGGGGUUCCGCCACUCCGUCGACUCCUACUCCUCCCUCCUCCAAGCCCUCGCCCGAUCCAAACUCUUCGGCCCCACCAACAAGAUCACCAUCUCCAUGAUAAAAUCCUGCUACUCCGCCGAAGAAAUGCGAUCCAUUUUCGAUUCAAUCAAAGCCCUGCUUCGAUUCGGCUUCGCGCCGACCCUCCGGUGCUUGAACACGCUGCUGAUGGCCUUCGCGAGGUUCGCGAUGACCGCCGAGAUGAAGGAUUUGUUCGAGUCGAUGCAGAAAGGUGAGACCUUUCCCAACAUUUAUACGUAUAAUACAAUGAUCAAUGCCUACUGUAAGGAGGGGAACCUCAGCGAGGCGAAGAUCUAUCUGCACUAUUUACUGCAAGCUGGAUUGAGCCCCGAUACACAUACUUACACCUCUUUCAUAUUGGGGUACUGUAGGAGUGGGGAUUUGGUUCGGGCAUGCCGGGUGUUUUUGCUAAUGCCGCUGAGAGGUUGCCCAAGGAAUGAGGUGUCCUACACUGUCCUGAUUUAUGGGCUUUGUGAGGCUGGCUGCAUAAACGAGGCUUCCUCAUUGAUACCAAGAAUGUGGGAUGAUGGUUGCUCGCCAGAUGUGUACACAUACACGGUGAUGAUAGAUAGCCUCUGUAAGAAGGGGAGGGUUGAGGAUGCGGAAGUUAUGCUUAAUGAAGUUGCCGGGAGAGGUUUGAGGCCUAAUAUUGUUACUUACAAUGCUUUGGUUGAUGGGUAUUGCAAGGCAGGGAAGAUUGAUGCUGCUUUUGGAGUUUUAGGGUUGAUGGAAUCGAAUGCGUGUAAACCAAAUGUGAGGACUUAUACUGAAUUGAUAUGUGGGUUGUGUCGGGAGAGGAAGGUUCACAAGGCAAUGGCUUUGUUGAGUAAGAUGAUCGGGGCUGGCUUGUCACCGAACAUUGUUACAUACACUGCAUUGAUACAGGGGCAAUGCAAGGAGGGUUACCUAGAUAGUGCCCUAAUGUUGCUUGAUUUGAUGGAGAGGAAUGGUUUAGUGCCUAACCAGUGGACGUCCUCGAUCUUGAUAGAUGCCCUUUGCAAAGGUGGUAGGGAUGAAGAAGCUUGCUUGUUCCUUGAUUCUUUCAUGCAGAAAGGAGUGGAGGUGAAUGAGGUGGUCUAUACUGCAUUAAUAGAUGGGUUGUGCAAGGCUGGAAAGAUUGAUAUUGCACGUUCGCUGCUAGAGAAGAUGGCUUCGGGAAAAUGUUUGCCAGACAGUUAUACCUAUAGUGCUUUGAUAGAUGGUUUGUGUAGGGAGAAGAAGUUGCAGGAGGCAACAUCAGUACUGGAUGAUAUGUUGGAGGAGGGACUUAAACCCACAGUUGUCACAUACACAAUUCUUAUUGAUGAGAUGGUGAGAGUAGGAGAAUUUGAAUAUGCUAUGAGGAUUUUAGAUCAGAUGAAUUCCUUGGGUUGCAAGCCUGACGUGUGCACUUAUACUGUGUUUAUUCGUUCAUUUUGUAAAGAAGGCAGGCUGGAAGAGGCAGAAGGCAUGAUGGUUCAAAUGAAGGCAGAUGGGGUUCUCCCUAAUUCAGUAACUUAUAACACAUUAAUAGAUGGGUAUGGAAAUAUGGGAUUCGUUGAUCGAGCUUUUACUGUUUUCAAGGAGAUGAUUGAUGCUGGCUGUGAGCCAAAUGACGAGACUUAUGUUACAUUGCUCAAAAUUCUUUUGAACAGGAAGCAGAUAGAUAGUGUGUCUAUUGAAACUGCUGGUAUGUGGAAAAUUUUGGAUAUGGAUAUUGUCCUUGAGCUUAUGGAGGAGAUGUCCAAAGGGGGUUACACCCCAACAAUUGGCACUUACAGUGCCUUCAUGAAAGGUUUCUGCAAAGUGGACCGGCUGGAAGAAGCAAAAUCUUUUCUCUUUCACAUGCAAGAAGGUGGGAAACCUGCCAACGAAGAUAUAUACACGAUUAUAAUAAAUUGUUGCUGCAGAUUAAAAAUGUACAUAGAGGCUUUGGCAUUUAUUGAUUCCAUGACUGAACGUGGUUAUCUGCCACAUUUAGAAUCUUAUCAGCUACUUCUUUCUGGACUCUGUGAUGAAGGAAGCUUUGAGAAGGCUACAUCAGUUUUCUGUAGCUUACUUUCAAGAGGUUAUAAUUGCGAUGAAAUUGCUUGGAAAAUUCUUAUUGAUGCCCUGCUUAAAAAGGGCCAUGUUGAUGUAUGCUCCCAGAUGCUAUCUAUCAUGGAGGAAAGGCAUUGCCGUCCUAGUCCCCAAACAUAUGCAAAGAUGUUGGAGGAAAUCUCCGGUGGAGGUAAUGGGGUUAUAAAGUAAUGCUGAGAGCUGACUUUAAUAGUCACGAUCUGCUUUCAUGCUGAUCGCAGUGCUGGCUAUAUGGCAUUAUCUUCCCUCUCUUGAAAAGUUGAAGGAAAUGGUAUGCAUAGCCACACAUAGGCAUUCAUCUCACAUGUCCUGUACUAAAUCAGACAGGAUGAGAUGUCUUGACAAUGGAAAAAGUGCACAAAAUUUAAAAGCUACAUUCUCCAAUCAUUGAAGAUUCCACAGGUUGCUGGGAUCAGAUUAAUGUACCAUCUAGAAGUUCUUUGAGCAACUGAAUAAGAGGUUCUCCCAAAAACUUCUGUUGAAGCUUCAUUAUCAAACAUUGCCAAUGGGAGCAGUUUCAUCUGUCAUGGACACUGCAGUUAAAGUUGACCAUUUUUUCAAGUGCAAUUGUAGUUGCCAAAGUAUGUAACACAGCAAAAAUAAGGCAUAGUUGUGAAACAUCUUGUGCCUGGACGAGCUUGAUAUAUGAAGCAUGUCAAACACAUACAAGGAUAUAUAGAGACACUUUUAAAAAAUAAUGUUCGAGUUGUCUUUCCGUUAGAAAGCAAGAAGGAUUUAUAUUUUUUAAUUUUUUCUUAUAAAAAUAUCAGCAAAUGUAGGAAAUCACAUUGGGCAUAAAAACAGUAUCAGCUUAUUGUUAUUCUUUUCUAAAGAUCAUUAUAUGAAUGGCGCCAAAUGUACACAAGCAUGGAAAUGAUUGCCACUUAAUGCCUCAUGAACCUCACUUAUCCCUGCUCAGAAACGUCUCCAUCUGUGGAGACUAAAAAUAAAGAGGAGCGGUUGUGAAAUUCACCAAGGUGGUAAGAUGCAUCCUUUCCGGCCUAAUGUGUGGUUCCUGUGAGAAUGGAUGAGGGCCUGCUCUAGGAAAGUGGUGUUUGUGGCUCUUUAUGUCAUCAAAAUGGUGCACCAGCUCUGUUAAGCAAGAAGUUUCAGCCAAACAAGGAGGAGCUUUCAUCAUUCUGGGUUUCAUCGGAUUAUAGCAUGAUUGGCCACCCUGCAGCUGGGAGUGAUUUGGUUGGCCUAUUCUCUGUAGGGGUGAUGCAUCAAGAUGAUGUACCAAGACAUGAACGAGUAACUCAACUGUGGCACAUGCACUGCAUGUAAAUGCUUGUCAUGAUCCUGUAGAGCCUUGCAGCCGCUCAACCAAUGAAAGAAGUGGAUUUUGUAUCCAAAAAAAAAAAAUCAGAACAAGCAAUUCGAAGCCCCAUAUGUGUUUGAAGUUUGCUCUUAACUGAAAUGAUAAGGGCCCUAGAGCUGCUUAUCUUCAAUCUCC